AUGAACUUUGAUAUUACCAACCAACAAUUAUUUGAGUUAUAUGCUCGUAUUACAUCGACUCCAAAGUCUACUUUUGAACCAUUACCAUUAACGUCAACUCCAAUAAAAAAGAGAAUAAAACCAAUUCGAUUAUCGUUCACAACAUCUCCGUGUCAUGUAUCCGGAAAAAUAUGGAAACAAAUUGAUUUAAAACAUUUUUUAUACUCUAAUCAGUCCGAAUGUGUUCUUAAUAAACAACAACGGCGACAAACAAAAUAUUAUUCAACAAAAAUGAAAUUAUGGAUCGUCUAA